AUGGAGGACUCUCCGCUCGCGGAGGCGUCUCGCGCGCCGUCCAACAACAUUUGGAACGUGGACUACAAUGCGACUGUGGCCAAGGACGCAGCCAUGGGCUGGCAGGGCAUGGGAUUCGUGUUGGGGUUCAACGGCGUCAUGUUUCUCGUGGCGCUGGCCAUCUUCCAAGCCGGUGCACGCAGUACUCGCUUCAGUCUCUUCCGCUUCGGGUCCAGCUCCAUCUUGUCAGCCAGAGCGCAGGAAGCGGCUCACUUUACACUCCAGAAGUGGGGCGAUCUCCUGUGGCGCACUCCAAUUAGAGACACCGACGUGGAGAUGCGACUCGGCCCCGAGGGCACGUUUUACCUGCUCUACCAGCAGUACACAGCGCGUUAUCUGGGUGUACUGAGUAUCUUUGCAAUGCUAGUUCUGCUUCCUCUUUACCUCACGAUUGGAGCCAACGCGAUACAGCAAGUGGAAGCAGCAGCAGAAGCCGCCGUUAAAGGGAUCGAAGGCAUCGCACAGGGCUCGACAGACGGAGCUACAUACCUCCAUGCGAUGGACGCAGAGGACGCAGCCAUGGGGAGCGGCAGUGCAGCUCAAGAUGUGGAUAAUAAGUGGUGGUCCUUCGCUCAUGCCACGAUCCGAGUCAUGCCGAACGAGUCGCCGUACCUCUGGGUGCCUGUAGCCAUGUGCUACUUGACGACAGUUGCGUUCUUAGUGUACUAUAGACAACUCAGCGCUUUGGCUACAAUUCCCACGCAUGACUCGAGGCGAUCACACAAACUGGCAGGGCUGACACAGCGCUCGUCAUCCAUUAUGUCGACUGCCACCAGUGUAGCCAUCGCAGGACAGACGUCAGGAGAAGAUGACAAGAGCGUGAAUGCUGCAGAGGACUCAGGGACUCCAGAAGUUGUCGUGUCGCCGAGUCAGACCACGACAGAGACAGAGGACCCGGAGAAGCAACCUCUACUCGCGAAAGACAAGGAGAUGGCUACAUUAGAAGAACAGAAGGACAAGCUACCGGAGCGUACCCAUCUGAUUGGAAUGCAGCCAUCUUCACUCAGUAACCGAUCGCUGUUUGUGAACCGUGGCAUCCCCAAGAACCUCCGAGAGCAACGCAUGCUGCGUCUAUUGGACGAGGUGUUCCCUGGCUACGUGGAGGAUGUGAGUGUCGUGUUUAAUCUGGCCGAAUUCCACAGUCUACAAGCUCGUCGUCGUCAAGAAGAGACGGAUCUGGCUCGCAUGAAGAUCCUGCACGAGCGAGAACUGAACGACGAGAAGCCGUCGUGGUCGCUGCGCCUGCUGCCUGGUGGCGUGAUGCUCCCGUCGCUGCGUCUGAUGUUGCGCAAUUGGUUCUGCUGCCUCAGAUGGUGCACCAAGCCUGUUCCAAUGGAGCAACAAGAGGAACAACUGGCCAAUCACAUUAAGAAGCUGCGAGAGAAAGAAAUUACGUGUCUGUCUCGUAUCUUGCACGAGAACAAAGGUGCAGGACGUGCGUUCGUCAUCUUCAAGUCGGCCAGACUGCGUGCGCGCUUCGUCCGUCGUGUGCGUAACCAGAGUAUCACGUCCAUCCUGGCGCGCUUCCCGGAGCACUCGCAGCCGCGGCUCGUGCGCUAUGUGCGUGAGUUGGGCCUGACUCGAUGGCAUCUGGAAGCCGCUCCCGAGCCCGACGACAUUGACUGGCAGAGCGUGUCGUUCCCCUUCGCGAAGCGCACAGUCGUCGUGCUGCUAGUGAACGUCUGCAUCCUCGUGGUUCUGCUGCUGUUCACGUCUCCGAUCGCCGUGACGUCCGCCAUUUCCAGCAGCUCCUCGUACUCCACGGGCGCGGCGCAGUCGCUGUCGGAUCUGGUGGCUCAGCUGGGCGAUCUGCUGAGGAAAGUGUCGCCUCGUAUGGCCAAACUUCUGGCCAACUACAUCCCGACGCUCAUCCUGGUUAUGAUCAACGCGGUGCUGCUGAAUGUGCUGCAGAUUGCGGGCCAUAUCCAGCCGAUCUCGACCGAUUCGGCCAAGGAACGCUUGAUCCUACGCACCGCUUCCGUCUACCUGAUCUUCAACACCAUCUUCGUGCCGAGUCUGGCCUUCAUGUCCAUCGACGCCGUGCUGCUGUAUCUCGAAGACGACGGCGAGGUACUGGGGAUGUUGGGCACGCUCUUCCUGCAUAACUCGGGGAUCUUCUACGUGGACUACAUCCUUCAGCGCUGCUUCCUGGGCACCGCUCUCGUGCUGCUACGGGCCACUGAGUACGUCAAAUUCUCGUGGGCUAAGCCGCGUGCGUUGACGCCCAGGGAGCAAGUGCAGGCGGUGGAGGCGGACCAGUUCUAUACUGGCACACAGUCGGCGAUGCAGAUCAGUACACUGACGAUCGUGCUCAUGUUCAGUACCGUCGUGCCAUUGAUCUUACCGCUAGGCACACUGUACUUUGUGAUGCAACACGGCGUGGACAAGUACUCGCUCUUGAACGUACGACGUCGCAUCAAAGGACGCGGAAGCAUCGCGCGUACGGCCACCCACGCCACGUGUGUCAGUCUGUUGCUGUACCAAGGAGCCAUGAGUGGCUUCAUUCUCGAACGUGGCACUACGACACAAAGUGCUGCUGUGUUGGUGUUGCUCAUGGGUACAUACAUCGUCGUCCUGUGGGGAUACGUACGUGACAAGGAGCAGCAGCAUCACAUGAUUGCACGUAGUGGACACCAGAGCUUGGAACAUAGCUCCAGUCUGCAGAGCUCGGGGCUGCCCACUAAGACGGAGUUCCCGUUGAGUAUGUUGAAUGCCAGUCUCCAGCCAUUGGAAGAAAACGAGUCGAAGGAUCAGAAGGAAGCGAAAGAGCAAGGAGAGCCUGAAGAACCACCCGCAGGAGACGAAGAAGCUCCAGCUGCAGCAGAGUCAGCGCCAACUCGACGUCCACUCGAGACACUCAGCGAGUCUUCGGCACUGCUGAUGUUCCCGACGAGUAGCGAUCCAGACCUGCUCGCGGGUCUUGACGCUGAUUCGAGCGAGUUGUAUCGUGAACCAGCACUGCGAUCUCGGCGACUACGGCACUUGGCGUCAAGUCUAGUCCCUAUGGAGACCGAGUGGCACACUUUGGGCAAGGUGCAGUACCAGAAAUGGGCUGUGUACGGCAUGACUUGGGCGAGCGAGGGGGUGAACGAUCUGCGCGACUUCGUGGCGGCCUGUGCGCCUUACGGUGGACCUGUGGCGCUUCUCCGCGACCCCAAGAAGCUGGUCAAAGUGUCGUCUGACUCGCCUCUGGCGCGUCAAUUGCUGCUGUUCAACGCGUGCGGCCAGAAGCUCGGCACAGUGGACUGGACAACUUUCGAGGACAAGAAGGAGACGCUCGUGGGCAUGACGUGGACGGAUGAACUGCGCUUGCUCUGCGUGUUCGCUAGUGGCACCUGUGUGGCCUUCAGUAUGGCCGGAGACGAGGAGACGCGCUUCUCGCUGCUCCCACCAGGCUCCAAGGACAAAGUGGCUACAUUUGAAGCGUGGGGCGGCGGCCUCGUAACGCUCACCGAGAAGAUGGCGCUUGUCCAGGUGCUAGACGUGGACUCUGUCCGACCGAAAGUGUCUCUUUUACCCGACUGCGGACUCUCGGACGCCAACCCGCCCACGUGCAUGGCUUUACUGGAGCCGAAAUUCCUCAAGAGCAUCUACCCAGAAGUCCUACUAGGUACGAGCAACAAGUCGCUGGUCAUCGUGAGCAAGGACGGCGGCGCACACGACAUGAAGCUGCAGGACUCCAUCGCUGCACCCAUCUCCGCUGUAGCCAUCGCCCCUAACGGCCUGUUUAUGGCUUUAUUCACUCAAGACGGCAUCUUGACGGUGCUCAACACGAUGAUGGACAAGAAGAUCUUGUCGUUUGACACACAGAGCAAGGCCAGUCCCUUGAGUAUGUGUUGGUGUGGAGAAGACUCGGUGCUCAUGUACUGGCCUAGUGCCGGACUGGUCAUGGUGGGGCCGUAUGGCUCGUGGCUCCGCUUCCCUUACUCCGAGAGCAUCAUUCUGGCCCAGGAAGUGGACUGCUGCCGAGUGUACAGCGCUACGUCGCACGAUAUCGUGCUACGCGUGCCGACUUGUGUGGAGAAUAUCAAAGGAGUGGGCUCUACUGCGCCCGCUGCGAUGCUGUAUCAAGCUCUGGACGCCUUUGACUCUGGCGACGCGAAAGCGGACGAACAUAUCCGCUUCAUCCUAAGCCAGAACGCCCUGGAAGACGCCAUCAAGGACUGCGUGGACGCUGCUGGCAGUGAGUUCGACUACGCUUCGCAGACGACGCUCAUGCGUGCUGCGUCGUACGGCAAAUGCUUCGUGGACUCGGCGAUGGACGCGUCGUCGGCACUGCCCGGAGGUACAGGGACAGGAGGCAACGCUUUGAUGGACGCCGAGCUGUUCGUGGACAUGUGCCGGAAGAUCCGCGUGCUGAACGCUCUGCGUCAACAGGAGAUCGGCUUCCCCCUGACCGUCACGCAGUUCGAUCGCCUCACAGCCGAAGUGGUCGUGAGUCGUCUGGUGGCGAUGCGUCACCACUUUUUGGCGCUCAAGAUCUGCGAGUACCUCAAGAUCCCGACAGACCGCGUGCUGGUACAUUGGGCGUGUGAGAAGGUCAAGGCGGCGACGUCUUCGAACGUGUCGGACGAGGAGCUGGUGGCGCUGGUCCGGAAGAAACUCAAGAACGCGACGUUGGUCUCGUACGCAGACAUCGCCAACUGCGCCGAGCGAGUGAACCGACGACGCCUGGCGACGAUGUUCUUGGACCUGGAGGAGAACGCGUCGGACCAGGUGCCGUUGCUGCUGUCGAUGGGCGAGUUCGAGCUGGCGCUGCGGAAGUCGCUGGAGUCCAACAACACGGACCUGAUCUACAUGACGCUGUUCCACCUGGAGCGCACACUGCCGUCGAUGGACGAGUUCCGCUACGUGCUGAACCGCGAGCCAAUGUACGGCGAAGCGGUGAGCCUGAUGCUGCUGUACUACUGCGCUACCAAGAGCUCGAGUAGUGCGGCGCUGUGGACCGAUGUGGCGAGUGCGGAGAACGACCUGCUGCUCUCUUUCAAGUCGACAGACGUGGAGGAGAAGACGACGGCGCUGAAAGACGCGACGACCAAGUACACGAACGCCAAGUUGCCGUCGCACGCCAAGCUCACGGAGGAGCAGAUGGAGCUGCUGCAGGAGCAAGGCAAACUGGAAGAGAAGCCAGAGAACGUCAAGCGUCGCAAGCUCGUGGGUCUGUCCAUCUCGAACACGAUGAAGCUGCUGCUACGAGACUCCAAGUACGAGCCGAAGCUGCUGCCGCUAGUGGCGGCGUUUGCCAAGAAGUUUAAGGUCCCGGACAAGCGCUUCUAUCGCGUCAAGAUCAAGGCGCUGGCCGAGACGCGACAGUGGGACGCACUGCACAAGUUCUCGCUGGAGAAGAAGACGCCGCCCUGUGGCUUCAAGGCCUUCGCCAUCGCGUGUCUCGAGGAAGGAGAGAAGCAGCAGGCCGAGAGCUACACGACGCGCAUCACGUCGGUGGACGAGAAGUUCGAGACGCUCAUCCAUCUCGACAUGUACAGCGACGCACUGCAGCUGGCUAUUAAGCUCAAGGACCCGGAGAAACUCACCAAUGUGCGCAACCUUUGCAACGACGACAAUAUCUGCAACCAGGCUGACAAGGCGGCCAUAGAGCUGGGCUUUGUGUCGUAGAGAUCAAUCGUAUUUGAAGGGUUUUGGUGGA